AAUAGAAAUAUACAUUUGAAAACGCUACUGUUAAGUUUUAAAAUGAAAAAUCAGAAAUAACAUUCUCCAUCCUGCCGAUCUCCCUAGCGGUUCUGCUGGCUGCUGCUUAGGGUUUUUUCCUCCCUAGUGGUUCUGCCGCGUAGAGUUUUUCCUCCCUAAUAGCUCUGUCGUCGCGUAGAGUUUUCUUCCACCAAUUGUUUGUGCGGCUCUUCUUCUCUAGGCUUCUAGAGUGUUUCUGGAUUUUAGAUUAUUAAUUCUGGCUUUGGUAUCUAGGCAACUUUCAGAUUAUCCAUUGGAUCUCGAAGCAGUGACAAAAUUUUAUCUUUAUUUUUUGAUCUCUUUACUCGGCUUGUGCAAGUCAAUCUUGAAGUAGGAGUGAGUGCAACAUCAACUUUUGGAAACAAAUCCAAGGUUCAACAAAGGAUAAUUAUGACUCCUAUGGAUGAUCUAGAGUAGCGUUGGCUCAGUCCUGCAAUUGAGGAGGAAGUUGGACGGUUAGUUUUGGCAAAUCAGCAUGGGUAUGUAGAGGGAGGUGUUGGUAGUGGAGGCGGCUCGAGCGACGAGAAGAUGGAGAGAGGCGAAGGGCUGGGCAACGGAGAUGACAGAUCGGCGGUCCGUCCCCCUCCUGAACCGCCGCCUUGGAGCGAUCGAGUUGCUUGGGUUUGGAAGUUUUAUCAGUCAUUUAAUUUUUCAUGGUUUUAUUUUUGUGUUAUGUUUUAUGUUGCUCUGUUUUGUGGUGAUGUCUUUAGUUUUAAGUCUACAACAAUGAUUCACAAUUCUGCUAGAUAUUAUGUCGAUGGAAGGAUCUUUAUGGCCAAUGAAUGCUGUGUCAGACCCAUUUGGUGGUUAACGAUUCGUGUUGUUCUUUCAGGUGUGAUCGUCUCUGAGUCUAGCCGUAGGGUUGAUUAGGGAUAAUGCUUGUCAGUGUUAGUCUUGUUGGUUAGGGAUAAUUGUUGUCAGUGUUAGUCUUGUUGAAUUUGUUGUAACGAUCCGAAUCCUUAUGAUAUUAAUAUAAAACGGCUUGUUUUGA